UUUGCUUUCCCAAACUCAAAACUUACCGUUCGCUAACGUCUUAUCCUACCCCCAAAACAAACUCUCCUUCUUUCUUUCACUUCUUUUAUGCCUUGAGAUCUUUUUCAAUUCAGGGAAGUUAGAUUAGAGAUUAUGGCGGCAUUGGCACCUGGGAUUUUGCUGAAAUUACUCAAUGGGAUGAACACUGGGGUGAAGCCAACUAGUGAACAUAGGAGUUCGCUUUUGCAGGUCACUGAUAUUGUGCCGGCUGAUCUUGAUGAGAAGAACCUUUGGCCUAAACAUGGCUUUUACAUCAAGGUCUCCGAUUCUUCGCAUUCCAUUUACGUUAGUCUUCCUUCAGACCAAGAUGAUUUUGUUCUUAGCAACAAAAUGCAACUUGGGCAGUUCAUUUAUGUUGAUAGAUUGGAGCCUGGCUCUCCUGUUCCUGUUGUUAAAGGUGCAAAGCCCCUCCCUGGAAGGCAUCCUUUAGUUGGGACACCCGAGCCUUUAAUGGGUUUAAGAAGAAAAGGGGAGAAAAGUGAGCAAAAACAAGAGUCUAAGCUACAUAGAAGAGGUUCUUGGGGCAAGGGUGUUAAUGGGACUGAUGAGAUCUCUUCUCCUUUAGUUUUAAAGCCGGUACCUUUAGAUUUUGAUCAAUGUACUCCGGUGAAAGAGCGGUCUAAUCUGGUGAGAACUCCGAUGAUGUCUCCGAUGAUAAGAAGGGUAGGGAAAGAUGGAAAUGUUAGUGGUGGUAUAAGGUGCUCUUUUGGUGGGGGAUUGUUGGCAAAAAUGAUGGAUACAAAAGGAGAAAGUCCAGCUUUGCUUAGAAAAAGCUGUGCUGCACCUUCCUCGGCUUCAAAGUUUCCAAGGAGCAAAAGUGUCAUCGACCGGGAGCCUAGAAUCCCAAACAGUCCUCUCAUCUCAGCUCCAUUGCAGGAAAAGAAAAGUUCAACACCACCACCAAGUUUAAAGCGUGGAAGGGUGGCGGCUGCCCAACAACCAGAAUCUCAGCUUGAUAAUAACUCAGCCAUCGAUAACAGCAAAAGUCCAACCAUGAAUUUGCCUGGGAAACUUGGCAUUCUGGGCAAGGAAGCUGUUCAGCAACGACAAACAGCUCAGAAGAUUGCUCUUCAAGCACUAAGAGAUGUCACUGCCACAGAGAAUCUAGUUCGCUCUCUCAAGAUGUUUUCCAACUUAAGCAAAUCAGCAAAACCAGAUGCUCCAGCAGCAUGCUUCGAUCAGUUUCUGGAAUUUCACGCCCAAAUUGUGCAGGCCUUGAGCGAUAUAGCCUCCGUUCAAGCAGCUACUGGAAUGUCACAAACCACAAAAACUGAAAAAAAGGAUAAAAAUGCUGAAGAUGAGCCAGCAAUCUUGAACGAAAUUGGGCAGAAUUCAAUGGAGCAAAGCAAAAGGCGAACUGCAUUGUACAAGUCAAUUGCAGGGUUUCCGGAGAGAAGUGAACAAAAGAGGCUCCUGAGAUCAAAUUCCAACCCCAAAGUAUCAUCGAAGCUGCCGACUGAAUCAUGUGGCGGUGAGAACGAUGAAAAUAAACCGGUAUCGAGUAGCUUAAGCAACACGAUAAAACUGGGGAAGCAAAUAGAAGCAGAAGCAGGGAGCUGGUUCAUGAACUUCCUAGAAAAAGCAGUGGAGAAUGGUAUGAAGAAAGGGGAAGGGGAGGGGAAGAAAGUUCCACAGUCACUGGUAUUAAAGGUAAUUAAUUGGGUAGAGGUGGAGCAGUGUGAUGCCAACAAGCGACCGGUUCAUCCAAAAGCAGCACAAAUAGCUAGGAAGCUAAGGAUUAAGAUGAAAAACCCUUGAGUUAAUUACACAAUCUGUGUUUUUGUAAGCAGAUAUUAAAGUGCAUUAUUUUUUGUUGGAUUGUUUUGGUUUCCAAUCACUUUCGAAGGUUGUCUAUCUCUCACAUCAUCAUGUAUUCGAUUGUUUUCACCCAUAAGUAUAACAAUAUUGAAAGUGAUAACCUUUUCAUUUCUAUUUCCUUAAUAAA